AAACCUCAGGACCUUUUCUUCCUGAGCUAAGGUAAACAAUAUUGUCCCUCAUAACCCUGGUCUCCAAAACGUUGCAGGAAAGUUAAGUCCUGAGCCUAGAGCUGCCUUUUCCACAGACAACUGAACUACCUCAUACAGAUGUGCUUUUAUGGGCAGCAGACAGAAGGAGCUGAAUCCAGGAGUUUCCUUCCCUGAAAUGCCCCAAUAGAGGCACAGUCCUCCACCUUCCCUGGAACAGAAGGGCUUUCAUCUGUCUAUCUGGAGCCAUCUCCUCUCCUGUUUAUGCCCAGAACUGCUUUCCAACCCCAUGGAGUGCCCCUGUACCUAACUAUAGACACUGAGUCUACCAGGUGUUCCUGAGGAGACAACAAAGCCAAUCGCUCCACACUCUUCUGAUUUUCUCUGCCUCACAGGGGAGAACAGCUGGAUCACCAUGAAAUUUGUCUUCUAUUUGGGUGUCCUUGCUGGAACCUUUUUCUUUGCUGAUGCAUCUGUUCAGAAAGAAGACCCUGCUCCCUAUUUGGUAUACCUCAAGUCUCACUUCAACCCCUGUGUGGGCGUUCUCAUCAAACCCAGCUGGGUACUGGCCCCAGCUCACUGCUACUUACCAAAUCUGAAAGCGAUGCUGGGAAAUUUCAAGAGCAGAGUCAGAGACGGUACUGAGCAGACAAUUAACCCCAUCCAGAUCAUCCGCUACUGGAACUACAGUCAUAGCGCCCCACAGGAUGACCUCAUGCUCAUCAAGCUGGCUAAGCCUGCAACGCUCAACCCCAAAGUCCAGCCCCUUCCCCUCGCCACCACCAAUGUCCGGCCAGGCACUGUCUGUCUACUCUCAGGUUUGGACUGGAGCCAAGACAACAGCCGACACCCUGACCUGCGGCAGAACCUGGAGGCCCCUGUGUUGUCUGAUAAAGAAUGCCAGAAAACAGAACAAGGAAAAAGCCACAGGAACUCCUUGUGUGUGAAAUUUGUGAAAGUAUUCAGCCGAAUUUUUGGGGAGGUGGCCGUUGCUACUGUCAUCUGCAAAGACAAGCUCCAGGGGAUUGAGGUCGGGAACUUCAUGGGCGGGGACGUCGGCAUCUACACCAAUGUUUACAAAUAUGUAUCCUGGAUUGAGAACACUGCUAAGGACAAGUGAGACCCUACUUCUUCCUCUGCAUUCCACUGGCUCUGCCAUGGACUGUACAAGCAGAUAAUUUUCCCUCAAUUCAAAAUAAAAUCUCCAAAU